GCUGCCGAGCCGCCCGACGGGGCGGUCCCCGGGCGCUGGAGACGGAGCCGCGGCGCCGAGGGUCCCGCUCCGGCUCCCACCCCGCGGGCCCCGGAGCUGACGCGGGGGGGCCGCACCCGCUGUCUGCACCAAACACCUCCCCACACCCCCCAGCGAGGGCACCGGCCCCGCACACCGGGAGCCUCCAGCCCGCGGGAGCCGGUGUCAAGUGUUGUUUUUCCAGUAAUUUGGACCUUUUGAAGCACCUCCUUGCCUAAUGCCAUGAAUAUUGCAGUGAACAAUGUGGAAGAAAAAGCUGUCCAUUCCUGGUCGAGAAUUUCCUCUGCAGGACAGAAAGUGCUGGAGGAAGCCCUCCGAGUCUUCAACCCAAUGUCCAAGGACCUUUCAGACACAGAGACCCAGCUGGUGGCCUUUCUUCAGGGCCUCAAGGAGGAAGGCUAUCAAGCCACAAUCCUAAGGAGUAAAGAUGUGUAUGGUUACAGUUCAUGUACAGCAGACACGCCUAACCAAACAAAAGAGAGCACACAGCAUGUUUCCACUGCCGCUGCCGCCACGACUGCGUCCGAUUCCACUAAAACUCCAGCUAGAAACACUGCAGCUGUGGCAAAGGUGUCUGCUUCACCCACAGGCAUUUCAGUGAACUCUCCUAAGGUCUCCGCUAAGCCUGUCUCUAAAGGUAAUUCCACAAAUCUGCUGCUGAACUCCCUGAAGCAGACCAGAUCUGGCACAUCCAAGGCCUCAGCAGUGGGCUUCCCUGCGAACAUGUAUCCUAACGUAUAUCCAGCAAUGAGACUGUCCGUGGUCCUGGAAGCUCUGGUGCCGCUGAAAACCACCGCGGCCUGUUUGGAAUCCAAGUACAAACAGGGGCGUCUUGGAAUCUCGCCCUCAGACCUUAAACUCCUCAAGGCUUCGAGUCCCGCAAGGCAGUCCUGCUCAGGCAAGCCCACUAAAAUAACAGAAGCUAAGGGGUAUAAGCGUUUGAUGAAGAAAGCACCAGAUUCUGCCACUCUCACUUUAAAUCUUCUGAAGGGACCGAAGGGUGGCGUGCUGCAGGAGAGUAACGCUUGCAAAGCCUCGGGAGUCCUGAAUGGGAGGGUCACCGGGAGCUCAGCUCAAGGCAGCACCGUAGCACCGCAAUCCAAGGCUUUGAAAAUCAAAGCUAAGGAGGCUCCCGUGGGGAAAACGGAGUGGAAGGAUAGCAGCAGUCAUCAGGAGACUGUCGGGCAGAAGAGGAAAAGAGCUGCAGAGGUGAGAGAAGCACCGCAGAAGAAAAAAACAAAUACCAUUCCUGUCCAAAAUAAACCUCAGCGGGCUCAGAGCACUUUGAAUCUGCUGAAAUUCCGGGCAAUCAAGGUGGACAACUCUUCUGAUGAUGAAGUGAGGAGGAGAGCACAGAAAAUUCUUAGGGUCAACCUGUCCCCUGUGAUCCGAAUUCAGCCCUUGUCUCAUUCUCACAGUGUCCCCUGAAUUUCUUCACUUUGUCACUUUUUUUGUAAGUAAGUAUGAGCCAGGCGCCAGAGUGCAGAGAAGUGUGAGAGCAACUUUGGAUCUCUAGUGUCUGGUGAUGAUAUGUCGACUAACACCUGCAGAUGGAGCAGCCUGCUCCAGUGCUGUUUCUGGCUGUCUACCACUGCUAUGCAGAACUGACUGCAUAAGUACCGAACCACGUUUAUGAAUGCAGGAUGGUGACUCCUUGCCCACGGCAAGCCGAGCAGGUCAAAGUGUUCACUUUCUGUGGGGUCUCUUCUAAACGUGGCAGGCUAUGCUCUUGUGCAGGAGGAGAGCAUACGACUUUCUCAUGACAUUGAUGCACUGUGAUAUUUGCUCUUUUUUCAAGCUGUACAUUUACUGGUUUUAUUUUGAUCAAAUUUUAUAACUUUAUUAUCUAUAUAUCUAUAUAUCUAUAUAUGUGCAUAUUGCCCAGGAACUGUGGGAAGAUGCACUUCCUCCACCCCUCUGGGAUUGGGUUCAGUAGCUUUUGUUCCCCCUCCCCUCCAGCCAGUCUUUUGUUGAAAGGUGCCAGGAUUUCUUUGUGAUUCAGUGUUGUGACAGCCUGUUCUGGGCUCUCUUGGACGGCUCAGAAGCAGGCAGAGUUAUAGCCACUUGUUUGUCUCCAAAAAUGCCAUGCAAUUUUGGAGAAUUACCAGCUGAUAGUUGAGUAUUGUUUUAAUCAUACUUCUGGUGUUACCUCCGCACAAAAGCACGGGAGUGUUACUGGGCUGUUGCCUGCAAGUCUGCCUGACGUUUCUAGGUGCCUCCUCCAGUUGUUGGUAGCAGAAGCUCUGAACUCGUCUUAGGGGUUUGCCUCCAAAGAGCGAUUCUGCCUCAGAUCCCAGUGGUGUUUUGUUCCCUUGUACCCCAGGUGCAAACUUAGAAAAUGAAAUUGUGACUGUUGCCAGCCUAAAAGCUGGAGCUGUUAAUAGCAAUUACUUACUUUCUCCUGCCCACAGUUUAACUGCUUUGCUGUUGCUGAACGUUUCAGGAGCAGGUUCUAGGUGCCAGUAGAGAGGAUAUCUGCUGUGUUUGAAUGUAUUAGAUGCAUCCUGUCUCUCCCUGAGUUCAGUGGAGUAUUUGAGCCUGAAUCAAAGCAGAAAAGCAGAAGGGUUGGGAGGAUAUAUGCCAGCACUUAAAACAAAUGUAGAGAGCUUCUUGCUAUCGGUCUGUGGGGGCGAAGCAGUAGGAGAGAAGAAUUACCCCACCAUCAUUAACAUAUCAUGACGGAUGACAGCUUUGCUGUUGUUUCUGGGAUGUUGUGAGAUGGUUUGUGGCAGGUAGGAAAGCUCCCUGUCUGCAGGCUCUGCCUGUCCCCAGGAGGCACUGCAGACCUGCUGCAGACAGGCUGGGACGAGGCUUCCUGCGCCUGGGGGCACGCUGCUGGCUGCAAACGCAGCUGUACGCAGCCUGGGGUCGGGUCUCCUCUCUGCAGGGAGGGGAUCUGCAAACUCCGUGAGAAACACUCAUGUUCAAGCGGUUGGUGCUGCAGCGGCCACCUGGGAGGGACAGCCUUCAUAGUCUUACGUGUGACUGACUAUAAGAUCCCAGUUUGGAUACUGCAGAAGUAGAAGAUGGCAGCUUGGGGAGAGGCAGCGGUGUCAGGCCAAGCAUGGCCUGGCUCUGUGUACUGCUGUACGUUCAGACCUCUGCAGCAGCAGGCCAGUAAUCCACUUGUUCUCUCACCAGCUCAAAAUACCAGUUGUCUGACCUAGUAAUCUGUGUGGAUAUUGGCUGAAAGGCUGAGCUCCUUUGGGAAACUGCAGCUCCCUGCAUUCCCACUCUUCUCUAGCACCUAUCUGGAUUUCAGUGCUUUAUAAAAAGGGUCAGUAUCUGAUCCCCAGCUUGGAGAGGAAAGCUGAAGCACGUAGAGGAGAAACAAGUUUCACUAGAGAGCAAGAAACUGGGUGUCCUGGGGUGCAGCCAGGGCUCUCCUGACUCACCCAGGUAAGGCAGCGCUGUUAGCGGGACAGAGGUUUUCCCUCGGGAGGUGGUUGCAGGCUCUGAGUCACACACUCGGGUUCUGUGUUGUUUUUGCUGUGUGUAACUGAGUUGCUGUCAGAGAUCAUAAUUUGCUGCAGUGUUUGAGGCUGACCUGUGAAUGCCGCUGGUUGGCUGGAGAGCAGAAGGAAAUAUUUUCUUCUGCUUCUGUGUUUUUAAAAUGCCCUGGCAGAGAGAUCCCCUUUCCUGAUGCGAUGCUGGAUGAAGAGAGACCCUCCAUCACUCUUGCCCAGCCAGUGUUGCUUUGUCUCCUUUGUUUCCAUCCCUUCAGACCCUUCUCAUUCCCACGCUCUCAAAUGCCAGAUCUUGAAGUCUUGCACUGGAGUUUCUCUUUUUGGCUGUUUCCUGAGGAGGGCUCUGAACUCCAGCCUGUGGUAUUGCUGCCUGACAGGCUGCUCUUGUGGCUUCCCCUUGUUCCCAACCCCAUAUAAGGGCACCAAGAGCUGUCUCCGGAGCCUCUUUCUGUGCAGCGAGCAGAUGUCCUAGCUGAGUGCCUGGGCUCUGGGGGGAAGAGCAGCUGAAUUCAGGUUGAGGCUGCUUUUCCUCCUGCCUGAACAGCCUCCAGGAAGCUGAGCACCUGAGGCCAACACAUCAGGACGCAUCCUUUGCCUUUGUCACACUUCUCUCUGCUGAAUUGCUCCCUGCCUCCCGGCUGUUUUGUCACCUCUUGUGUUUCACCAGUCUGAAUCUUUGCCAGUCACAGACUUGGCUUAUGCUGUUGCUAAACACAUCAAGCAGAACAUACUGCCUUAGCAGGGCUGUGCCUUUCUAGGCACUGAGCUGAGUUCUGAGAACACUUGAUAGUGAUGGCUCGCCUGGUAUCCUCCCCAGGCCACCAGCAUAAAGGUCUUCUGCUCUGCAAACAGAGGUGGGCAUCAGAAAUGUUUGUUAGGGCCUUAUCACUGAGGCUUCUGAGAGGGAAUUGAGCACCCUGUAGCUCAGGGACUUGCCCAUGAUCAGUCAAAUCCCUGGCAGCUUUUCUGCACAUCUGUAAUAGGGACCACAGGGCACCUGAGCUAACUGGGCAGCACUGGAGCUCUCAGAGUUCAGAUCUAGUUUGCUGGAUGUCUUUCACACUGAUUCUCUGUUGUCCUGAUGUCUCUUCUCCUGUGCAGAUGAUUUUGAAAUUUGGCUGGAAGGAAUGCAGCUUGUUAAUCACAGAGGGUUUUCAUAGCUUCUUGUGCCAAUGUCAGCAAGUGCUGCCUGCCAGUUACUUCCCAGUGAGUCCAGUGUUGGCGUAUGGAGUCCCCGCAACCUGUUAGUGGUAGGUUUUGCAGUCCUUAGUCUUGUGGCUGUGUGCAGGUACUCCUGGCAGCUGGGUCCUUUGACACUGAUGUGCAGGAGGCUGCUGACGGGGCUGUGCUGUAACCGCCUGUUGGCUGGUGUUUAGGGAAGAUCAAGGGUUUGAUCAAAACAAGUCUAAGACUUGAUCUAACCAGACAGCUCAAGUGGUCCCUUCCAACUUAAAUUUUUCUAUGACUACAGUUAGAUCAUUUGCCUUCCAGGGAUCUGCAGCGGCUGUAACUGGCACAGCAGGUAGAGAAUGUGUUGCCUGGAGUGCUCUGGUCUCUGCUGAGCGUGCCGUAUGCAGGUUGUUUAGACCUGUUUCUGUAUUAGUCACUUUGAAUUCAUCCAAGUGCCUAACCUGGCCUAUGCUGUUCCUGGGCGCUGUGACAGCCGAGAGCCUUGGAGACUCUCUUAGGAAUGCUUUUACCACAUGGAUUUGUGCCACUGUCACUUCUAGAAAUGAUUCAGAGUUGAAAGGACUGUUCUUCAGACUGAGUUUGUGGAAAUCAUUUCUCAUUUUAUUCAGCUGCUGAGAAGCAAGAGAUUGUGCUUCGCCUGCACCAGACCAGCUUCCUCUGUGCUUCAGACAUCCGUCAGUGAGGUCCGCGGGGAGAGCAGCUUAUCCGGCAGGCAGGUGAAGGGGGAGCUGACAUCACAUACCAGGUUGAAAUUAUGUUAAUUAGUAGAAACAUUGUUUUAAAGCUCAUGUGCACAGUGAUCAGGUUUCACCUUCUGCCACUACUUUCAACUGGAUAAAUUUCUUCCCUGCAAGCCAUGUAGUGUGGUGCUGCUGUUUCCAAACUGUUUGUGUUCUACCCCAGAGCCAGCUGCAGUAGUGAUCCUUGUGCAGAACUUCUUAAGCACUCUUCUGCAGAAGAAAUAAGAAGGGACUAUUUUUUUACUCCUGUUUUGUAACCCACUUGUAGAACUAUAAAUGUCCUGGUAUUUUAGCGUGGGGAGAGGUGUGUUCUGCAGAGUGUAGUGAGGGCUAACGUAGCUGGAUACUUCUCAGACCAGAGCAUCGUCUGCCCAGCCUGUUGCUGCCAUGCUCCAGGACCCUGCUGCGGUCAGUCCCCUGCAGAGCAGUGAGGAGCUGGUGCAACUUGUUCUGCAGAGAUGGCGUUCUGCUCCCUCCAGCAUGGCUGCCUGACCAAGAUGCCCCUCGUUUGGUUUUUCCUUGCACAGAGUUCGGCAAGUCGCCAGCUACGACCAUCUCAGAGCUGUCAGGGGUAAAGCACCACUGGUGAGUGGGGCCACUCAGUUACUGGGGGCUUGCUGCACCCCGCUCGGCGGCCCUGCCCAGUAGCUGCAUGUGUUGUGCCUUCCUGCUGCCAGAGCCCCCCCUUGGACACCAGCAGCACUUCUCCACUGGUGGAGCUGGGUGGAAGUCCCCCUGCUCCAACUGUGGCAUGAUGGGGGGAUGCUCUGGGUUUUGGGCCUGAGCACAAAACUGAGCAGCAGUUUGGCCCUUUGGCUUGUGGCUGUUGCCCUGGUUCCAUGCAAAAGGGUGGCAGCCUCUCCGGGUGCUUUCCCCUUGGGCCAAAGUUUCCUGCCUUGUCUGGGACUGGGCCUUUGGCCAUGACAUGAGGUAUGUGUGCUGACGGAGAGCAGACUUGUCUCUUAACUGCAGUUGGACAAUGUAACGCUAGCUGGAAAGCCUCCCAGGCAGGAGGGGAGGUUUAGGUGGGUGGAUCCUGGUUUCUGCCAUGCUUGGCAGAGUUGGUGCCAUGCUGUGUGGAGCACCUGCAGCUCCAGCAGCUUGGUUUGUGUGGAAGUGACUGUUUCUGUUUUUCAGUAUACGAAGUGGCGCUGGCCUUUCUGGUCCUGUGGUCAGAUGGUGACAGCUUUCUGGGAGCUGAGGUGGCUUGAGGAGAAGCACUGUUCCAUGGCAGCUUUUGCCUUCUCAAAGGUGCUGCAGCCCUUUGCUCCCUGAGCUGGGCAGGCUGGGACCAUCCUUGGAGAGGGUACCAGGAAAGGCUGCUCCCAAGCCCUCGUGCUCCUGGGCUCUGUGCUGUGCUCAGAUUUCCUUCUCCUUGCAGCCUGCUCCUGCCUGGAGCUGGAUGCUGUUAGACAAGUGCCAGGUGCCUUGCUGACUCUGGAGUGGAGACCUUGUCCCAGAAGGCAGGAGAGCCAGCCCUCAUCACUAGGUCAGCCUCAACUAUCAACUGAACAGUGUCUGUAGAUGCAACAGCGUUAGCACUAAGCAGCUUGGCCGGUUGCUGCUUCCAAAGCAGUGGUGCUGUGGCCGAACCCCUCGGUUUGCUCAAGAAGAUUGAGGAGUCUGGUGAAAAAGGAAGAAGCUGGGAUUAGGCAAAACCAAAGAUGCCAGUAGUGUCUGGCUGACCAGCUUCGUUUGCUUUUGCUGCAGGAGGAUGUCCCCAAAUAGAGGGAGCUAAGUAUGUAGCAUACUGGUAGCACUUCUUGAACUCCAUCCCUGUCCAGCUAAUGGAGCCUUUCCUUCUCUGUCUGGUGGCAUUACACAAGGCACUUGGUGCUGCGGGCUCUGGAGGGCAGGGAGAUGCCCUUUUGAAGCAAGCACCUCUUCUAGCCUUUAGUUUCCGUCCUUUGUUAGUUGCACAAACUGGCUUUGCUCAGGUGGUCACAAGGAAGGGAAGCCGCUCUCUCAGCUUGCAGAGCCCCCCUGGUGUGUGCUGACUUGGACCCUCUGGAAGCCCUCGCAGAGAGGGUAGCUCUUCCUUGUGUGAGCAUCUGAAAUAACUUCCCCUGCGGGGAUGAUUAGGCCUUGCCCCUGGGGAGUCCCUCAAAGGCCUUAUUAUCGUCUGGGACUGUCUCCUCAUUGUCUUAAUUAGCCCUUUCCGUUCCUGUUGCUACAGGCAGCCCCUGUGAGAGUCUGGUGAUUCCCACAGACGCGGUCAGGCACGCGGUGCUGGUAUAAAAGAGAGGGUGCUGCAAAGCUACCCCCAGAGAUACCUCCCCUCCUCCCCCAGGGGCCCAGGCUUCAAAGCAGAGCACUUUGAAACGUGCCCCAGUCCAUCGAACUACCAAGGCCUGGGAAGGGACGUGAUUAGCGUUGGAAUUUGUCACGGGGAGGAUGCAGCCUCCGGAGUGUAACGUCAUUCUCUCCUCAAAGUUCCUGAUGCAGCAUUUCUGAGGAACGUUAUUUCCAGAGCAGUGGCACAGCAGCCAGUCCGUGGGGCAUGGAGGAUGUGGGGUAGCGAGAGGCACUGCCCAGCCCCGCGAGCUCGUCUUUGCCGCCCGUCGUCUCUAAGAGAACUGGCUCCACGGCUGCAGCGCGACUGAGCUGCUCUGGCUGGGACUGGUGCAGCCAGCUUAGCCACGGAUGUUCCCCGGUGGUCAGGAGUCCUGAGCGACGCCCGCACAAGCAGGGACCUGCCGUGCCCGGACUGUCCGUGCCAGCGCCCCACGGCUGCCCUGUCCCAGCGAGCGUCCCCGGAGUCCGAUGGGGAACGGCUGUCGCCCAGCAGAAGGGCGAGUAACAAACUUUUGUAUGGCGAAUUUACAACAACCGAUCACCUUGUUCUUGAGUGAACUUUAUACCGUUUCAUUUGUUUGUGUAGAAUGUUUCUGAAGCUAUAUUAAUAUUUAAUGUUUAAUAUGAGGCUGGGCUGCUCCACACUCAGUGUUGUAUAUUUUGGAAUGACAUUGUUUAGUGAAAAGGCAGUGUUAGUAUUAUUCCGCUCUUAGGGAACGGGACGAAAAACAGACUGUCUUUUUUCUUACAUGAAGUGAACUUUUUGUUAUGAAGUCCUAGCAGGUGUCCAGCCCUUCAGUAAAAUGGUGCUCAGAACCGC